AUGGCACACAAUCCGCCAAACGACAACCAACCCCGGCAAAAGGCCAGCGCAAAGCGUGUCAAACGCGAGCCAAAGUCCCAGCACACCAACCCUCAACCGCAAGUAUUCAAACCAGCUCGUCAUCCGAAAGCAUUACCCUUGAAAGGAGGCAUGGCGAAAAUGAAGAAGACAGCUGCCGCUCGAAGGCGAAGAAAGCUUUUUAGCCAGGAAUACUGGGAUGAGCAGCCAAAGAUCCAUUUAACUUACAGCGCACUUAUGGAGUUCCGCCAUCGCGAAGGAACGAUUAGGUGGGGAAACGGUCGUGACGAGACACCAGCACUGGAGACUAGCUGCAAGUCUGUAGAGGACUUUGCGAAAAGAGGCGGGCCUGAUCUGACGCACCUCUGUGAUUAUCAACAUAGAAUCUAUCGAGACCGCAGUUUUGACGUCCCCAAACUCAGUAUGCCCGCUAUUUAUGACAAGAAUUUAGAAGGCUAUCUGGAACACAACGGGGUGGAGAAACGGCUUGGUAGGGAUCGCGAGCCGUCCAAUAUUGAGUAUCUUCGACAAAUUAUGAGACAAGAUCGGUCCGAUAUGGAUAAUAUGGGUCAGGGAGCGCGGCUUAAUCUUACCAGAUUGAUCACGCAAUACAAGACCAGAACUAACGCGUUGCGAGGUAUCUACUUGAACCUCUUCGGGUACGAAAGUACAGAAACCGAGAACCAUAGGGGUAGGGCUUUAGAGGGAACGAUAACAGCAACGAAAAAGUACUUCUACAACCUCGAUCCCAUAGUGCCACAUAUGAUCUCAGCCAGGCCUGAUCUUGUCGACGGAGCCGAUCCGAAGGACCUCAUGGGACAAGUGAAUGAAGCCGAGGAAAAUGAUGAGAAGGACGAGGAAACUGAGCGAAAAGGAAAAAGAGGAAUUGGACAGGGAAAGGACAAGGCGAAUGAAAAGGGGAAGAAGAGAGAAAAACAACCAACCAUACACACAAUCCUUGAGAGAUACAUCACCCCCUAUCACCUUUUGGAUGACGUGCAAGAAGACGAAGAAGACCCCAACAAGAUGAUCUUGCCGAACUUUUUCCUCUACAACUUGCUCAAGCAUAACGAUCAAUUUGCUGGGGCACGUGCUGCCUUGCAUAGUGGUGCCCUUGGGGCUCGGGCACUACGUGAGCUGGAGCAGUAUACCAAAGGCAACAUUCCAUUUGAUAGGCGGGCGCAUACAUUUGUUGCUGUGCUUGCAACCACCCAUAUGACUAUUUAUGCUAUUCAUCCGACUUCGCCGCCUGAAAGAGAACAGAGAGAGAUGGACUUCCAGAUGACGGCGAUCAAGGCUUUCAGGUUUGAUGAUGAUAGUCUCGAUGAAGGUCAGCUCGUCGAAAGAUAUAAGGAUGGGAUUAGUGCAUUGAGAAAUCUCAGGGAAGAGGCACAUCGCUAUCGACAAAUGUUCAUUCGUCAGGCAAACGGCGACUACGGCGACGACGACGACGACGACGAUGACAGCAAUAAUGAAGACAGUAUUGAAAGCUAUGAUGGGGACGAGGAUAGUGAAGGUGAUAAUAUUGCAGGUGAUGGUAGUGAUGAUGGUGGUGAUGAUAGUGGUGAUGAUAGUGGUGGUGAUGAUGGUGAUGAUGGUGAUGGUGGUGAUGGUGGUGAUGGUGGUGAUGGUGGUGAUGGUGGUGAUGGUGGUGAUGGUGGUGAUGGUGGUGAUGGACGAGGACAACAUGACGGUAACAUGGAAGAUGGCCGUGACAAUACCGACAGGACACAAACCUCAAAUGAACCAGCGACGAAAAGGAAGAGUGAACCAAAUUCCGGAGUAGGGAUGAUGGGAUCUUUGUUCAAAAGGCUCAGACGAAGAUAA